GUUAGAUUGGCAUGCAUCCUACGCUUUGGUCCUGUGGUAGAAGGCUGCACGGCUUUUGAAAAUGUUACCGUCUUCUCAAAGGAGUUACUUCAGACAGCAGAGGAAGGUUGCAUUAUUCCUCCUUUUGUUCAGUAUUACAGGUGUGUGGUGCAGCCAGGUGGUGGUGCCUAAAAGAGUGAGUGCCGUGCUGGGGAAGAAUGUGACAUUAGAAUGCAGGGUAGAGGUUGGCACAAACCUUACUCUUACUCAGAGUUCCUGGGAGCGCCGUCUGCCUUCAGGCUCUGUCACAGUGGCUGUGUACAACCCGGAGUUUGGCACCUCCAUCCCUCCAGAAUUCCUCCAUCGUUUGUAUUUCCGCUCACCCUCCUCCCAUGAUGCCACCAUCGUACUGGAAAACGUGGGCUUUGCUGAUGUCGGGAUCUAUACCUGUAAGGUAGCCACAUUUCCUCUGGGAAAUACUCAAGCAUCCACCACAGUCAGUGUACUUGUGGAGCCGAAGGUUUAUGUGUCUGCUGGUUCAACUGCACUGAUUGAUGGUGGCAAUGAAACUGUGGUCGCUACUUGCAUCGCUGAGCGAGCCAGACCACCCGCUGAAGUGUCCUGGGAGUCCAACCUUUUUGGCCAGUCAGAGGUGCAGCUAUUUGAUGAACCCAAUGGUACUACCAGCACACAAGUGCGUUACAUCUGGCAGCCUACACGUCAUGUUCAGGGAAACACACUCACUUGCGUGGUCCGCCACCCAGCUCUGCAGAAUGACUUCAGGAUCCCCUACCAGCUCAAUGUGCAGUUUGCUCCUGAUAUCUCCGUCGUUGGAUAUGAUGGAGACUGGUACAUAGGCCGGGAAAAUGUUCAAAUGACGUGCAAAGCGAACGCUAACCCUCCAGCUCAUCACUUCAGAUGGAUCAGGUUGGACAGAGAGAUGCCUGAAGGGGUGGAAAUGAUAAACAGCACUUUGCUUUUCCUGCGCCCCCUCCAGCGGAAUGACUCUGGCGUUUACAGGUGUGAGGUUGCCAAUGACAUCAACCUCCGCAGUCGGGAUGUGCGUAUUCUCAUACAAGAUCCUCCCACCAUGCCUUCCACCAUUACCACUCCUGUCCUAACUGGCUUCUCCUCCACUUUUGUGGAUGAUAAGGGCCACGUCCUUCUGAGCUCCCCCACACUUGAAGCCCUUCCCGAAAGUAAUCUUGGUUCCAUAGUGGGUGGGGCCGUGGGAGGAGCCUUAUUCCUCUUGCUGCUGCUGUCUCUGGUUGGUGUGUGUUACCUACGGAAGCAGCAGACCUUUCAUGGGAACUACUACACCAAGCAGUACCUGGGCCCAAAUGAUCUCCAGAAAGCUCCCACUCAGCACGAACUCCAUCCUACCAAAGCUGGCAGCAGAUCUCAGCAUCGGGACCAUGAUCGAGAGGAGUGGGGCGACCGCCAGCUGAAGCAGGAGCGGGACCGCCGCCACCAUAGUGACUAUAAUGGAGAAGAGUAUCCUGUUAAUGGGUACACUAGGGCAAUGAGGGAGAGCAGGCGCCACAGUCAUCAACAGAAUCACCAUCAUGAACACACACAGUAUUCUAGUCCACAGCAGGCCAGAUGUGUCAGAUACCCUCAUUCACCCAAACUACAGGGAAACGGCUCCCCCUACAUGUCAGACGACUGCUACGAUAGCGGGCCCGACGGUGAUUAUGUAUCUCAUAAAGAUGGCUCAGUCAUUUCACGCAGGGAGUGGUAUGUUUGACAAGGUACCUAGUUCUGCAGGAACGAAAAAAUGCAACAUGAGUUGGAAAGUUUUGUUCAUCAAAUUAGGGGGAAACGCAUUAUUUUCUUCUGUAUGCACACACAGCAUCUCUAAUGUGUGUUUUGUAGUUUCCAUGUUUUUUGUUUGUUUUUUCAAGCGUCCUGGAUGACACUUGAGAUGUAAUGUAUACGUUUCUGUUUUGAGUGUGGGCAGCCUGUGGACGGUGUGUGUGCGGACUAACAAAAGAGCCGAUGUAUGUGUUGUCUCUGCCUUACAACAUGGACUGCUACAGCUGAUUGAGCAUAACUAAUGUGUUACCGAGCAGAAGCCCCGGUGGCUUUAAGAUCACGCACGAUUGUCUGAGAGAAGAGUUUUUUUUCCACAAACUCUGUAUUUUGUGUUCAUGUGGCUUGUACUCGUUUGUUUAAAUGAACUCUGGCCUCUUAGUGCAAUUAGAUGAUGUCAUGUAGUUAUUGCAGGUAAAUCCAUAAAAUUCAGAUGGUCAUUUUUCUUCAGUAAGACACAGCUGAGCCGCAGUACAUCAGUUUAUUUAAAACAGGAUUUGUCUUCCUGAGAAAUCUGAAUUCCAUUUUGACUAAUUACCUAAACGCACUCUUGGUCAUAAGAUUUAUUGAACUGCUGUUUUUGCAGGAUUUUGUAAUGGAUUGCUGAGUCAUCAGACCUUUUUUGUUUUGUACUAAAAUCUUAGGUAAAUCCCAAUGGAAGAACUGAGCUUGAGGUGUUGACCAGUAAGGUUUUGGCACAUUUUGUGUAAACCUUGUGAGCAUUUCUCCUGCUUGUCCUCAGCUCGUCUUUUAUCCCUGUGAUGAGAGAGCAGGCAGGAGGGCUACAUGAAUGGGGCACAGUCUGCUGUGCCAGCACACUGGGUUUGUCAUAUCGGUCAAGCUUUGAAGCCUGGAAAAAUAUUUCUCUAGUUUAUCAUUUUUAUUAGAACUUAUAUAAGCUACUGGUUUUUGGGAAGAGUUUCAGGUUAAACAUUCCCUUUAGUUAACCACAUUAUCAUGUUGUCUAUCGGAUGAUAAUGGAUCUCUUUGAGAAGUUUAAGCCUGGCACUAAACCAGGACUCUUGGCAUUUCAAGAGCGCCAUCAGCAGGGGCAUUGUUUAAAGAGGCUACUGUAUGGGAGCCACCGUAAGCUGGCCUCUUAGUAUUUUGUAGCACAGAGAAACCAUGCAGCCAGUACACACUACCACACUCAACCACGUUGGACUGUUUGUCUACUUUGAGUAAUCUAUAGAAACAAGACAUGACUGUGUCACAGAUCUGUGACAUGUAUCGUUUGGAGUGUGCGGCCGCAUGCUCAGACAUUCACCAUUUCAUUUACGAUUUAAACAUUUGGUACUCACAAAAUUAAAAAAAAAAAAAAAGUGUUAUGUAGUUUUUGUAAUGGCUAUGUUGUCACUUUCACCUGUGAUUAUCAGCACUUUUGGCUAAACUCCACAGCACAGGAGUUGGAGACAAUAUUUUGUUGCCAUCAUCAUUAAAUCUUUAACACACAGUUAUCCUUUGAGUAGCUAUUAAAUAAUAAUGAUACACCCUAUGAUUUUUCUUUUCCCCAAAAACAUGUUUUAUUCAUUUGGAACCAGUCACCUUUUAUUGCCAAUCAGGACUCUCAAAAAUCACAUGCCAUACCAAGAACUGUGAUUAAACUGCGGAGAAAGCAUUGUACGUGUUAGUGUCAUUGGGCUCUGCAGCCCCAGUAGUUCAGGAAUCAAACAAAGCUAUAAUGGAUUUAAAGGUAAACUUAGGUUUUUGUAUAAACGUAAAAAAUUAGAGUAUUUUGGCACAUGCACCUGUUCACCAGACUGCAUGGAAGAGAUCUGACUUUUCUUUCAUAUACACUAGAUGUGAAUACUUGCCAACUUUAGUAGUAUGGUUACUUAUAAAGUAUUUUCUGCCAGAUGCCAAAUCUUUGUUUAACUUGUGUAUAUAUAUGACAAUGACAGUGUCUCACAUUCGUAUUACCGACUAGAUAACAACUGAUGAUUAGCUUACUUAAAUGACUAAUGCAUCACUGUUGUAAACGGGGGUUUUGUAGCCCGAAAUAGGGGGGGGGGAGGAAGAUGCUUUAACAUUAGAGUAACAUUUGUCAAAAUCGAAGCUAGUUAUGUUAUAAUGAACCUUCACAAAUUCUGUCAGGGUGUGAAUUUUGUGCAGUGGAUCGGCUGCAGUUGUUGUCAUGAGAUUUGAUAAUGAGCCACUGUAACUAUCAGUGUGAGACUCUGGCCCCUGACUGUGUUUCAUGUUGUUUUUGAAUGCUGUACAGUAGAAGUAAUUUAUAGACUGAAGGUGCACAUUUCUAUGACUUCCUGAAGGUUGAAUCAUGUUCACACUUCUGAAAACUGAGCAUGUUUUCUUUUUCGCGAAAGGUUUUAAUUUGCACUAAUUUCCUUGGUAGAAAGUAGUUGAAAUGAUAAAGCAUUUAUAGUGGGGGGGGAGAGAUCUGCACAGCUAGGUUGUAAUUGAGAAUGUGAGAGUCUUUGUAAAUUGGAUGACUCUUUAAUGGAGGUGUCACAGAAAUGUACAGUUGGUAAUUUGUUAGCCCUGUAGCCUCAUUUUGACUGAAUAAUUACAUGUAUUGGUCCGCUGCUGACACCUAUUCUGUCUGCCCUUCUGGUCACUUUCACAUAAAUGCAGAAACUAACAGGAAGCACGGUAGCCUAAACCCUUGUUGUGUUUGCUCCUAUGCACUAAAACGGAAAUUCCUCUGAUCGAUAGACUUUUUUUGCUUGGCUCGCCAGUUUAAAGCCCUGCACUUGGAUUAAUGAAGUACAGUUUUACUGUGACAUUUUGUCUACAGAUCAGUCAUCAAUAUCCUUACCUUGAGAAAUGCCCUUCACUUUCUGUUGAGAAAUACACACCUAGUGCCUUAGAUAUCUAGCAGAAAUGUGUUUCUUAUCGUUUACCUGCGUAUGUCAUGACCCGAUGUGUCACGUCUGGGUUUUGAUUUUCAUUGCAUUCUGUAUUUUAGGAGGAAUUCGUAGUGCCAAAUUCACUCUUUCUGCCCUUGUGGCAGUGAAACGCAGUAUGUUUCCAAACCUAAAGGCACUAAGAAACAAAAAAACAAAGCUUGAAUACAUCUGGAUGUAAAAUGACUUGCAUCCUCUGUACUGUUCUGUCAGGAGUUUUGGUUUCUGUAUAGCCACUGUUUUUUUUUUUUGUUUGUUUGUUUGUUUGUUUUUUAUGUAUAAUGUAUGUAUAAUUACCUUCAGUCUCAAAUUGUCAAUGAAAAGCACCUUGCAGUCAUGUUGUUUGGUUUUUCAGGGGAUUUUUCUUUUUUUUGUGGGUUGUUUUUUGUAUAUACAGAAAAUGUACAUUUCUUGAACGAGGGAAAAUAUUUAUGUCAUCAAAAGCAGUCGAAUAUUAUUUUGUCAAUCUCUUUGAGAUACUUUAGUUCAAUAAAGCACCUUAGCACCUGUGAA